AUGUCCCUUGAAAAGACAUCACAACAAUUGAAGGAUGCCUUCGCCAAGCAGGACUUUCAAACCUGUGUGAAAUUACUCUCGUUAAUCAAGGUCCAAUUAGCCCAGCAUAAUUUGUUGGUUCCAAUUUUAAAUAAUAAAAUCAAUCAAGGUGAUUUACUCAUUUCUAGAUCUCUUUUGGAAAUCGGUGCCUUGGCUGCUAUUAAUGUGUCAAACUUAAAGUUGUUUGAAAAACUCAUCAUUGAAUUGAAGCCUUUUUACAAUCUCAAGACAGAAUUCUUCCUUAACAAUAAGUCUGCCCUUGAAAACAAAUUGGAGGCACUAUACUUAUUAUUAUUGUUGACUAAAGGCGAGAUCUCACAAUUUCACAUCGAAUUGUUGUCUCUUUCCUCUAGCAUCAAUGGUUUCAACUCAAAUACAGUGGAUGACAUGAGUCAAAUUGAAAACGAUAAAUAUUUGAACUACCCAAUCAAAAUUGAAAGAUGGCUCAUGGAAGGGUCUUAUGAUAAGGUCUGGGAUCUUAUAAAUAACACUGGCAGCACGAGUGCUGAUUUUAAGGAAUUCUUAUCUUUCAACAAUAGCUUGACCAAUACUUUACGGAACGAAAUCUCUAAAUGUUUGAAUGUUAGUUACGAUAGCUUGCCAAUCUCGAAUGCCAAGAACUUGUUAUUUUUCGACAAUGAAAGGGCGUUGUCAAGUUACAUCAAGAACAAUUCUGGGGUUACUACUACUUGGAAAAUUGAGAAUGGUGUGAUAUUUUUCCCAAAGAAGGAAGAAGAAGAAGAGGAAGGAGGAGACGCUAUUGAUGUCGAUGAUUAUUAUAAUGAACAAGGUUUUGGUGAUGAAAGCCAAUUUGAUAGACCACAACAGAAGCUAAGCAUCAAUGAAUCAAUCAUCAAAAACGUCCUUGGUUAUGCUACUGAAAUGGAAACUAUUGUCUAG